AACAACCCAAGACUUUCAAAUAUUUUGUUUCAGGUGUUUGGGUGGACGAUCCCAGAAGCAACAUCGAAGAAGAGGACAAGCCAGAAGCAGGCGAUAUUCAGAUGAAGGUUUACUCGGUUCCGUGCUUGGAGGAUAACUACUCCUACCUGGUUUGCACUUGCAGCAUCGUCGAUGAGAGCUCGAAAGAAGCCGCAGCAGUGGAUCCUGUGGAGGCCGAGAAGGUUGUAGAAGCUGCUAAACAACAUGGCGUCCUUCUCAAGCUCGUUCUCACCACCCACCAUCACUGGGAUCACGCUGGUGGAAAUGAUAAGAUAAAGCAGCUGGUACCUGGGAUUAAGGUCUAUGGUGGUUCGCUCGAUAAUGUGAAGGGUUGCACCGAUCAAGUGGAAAACGGUGAUAAGCUCGUCCUUGGGGCUCAUACAAAUAUACUCUGUCUACACACACCUUGUCACACCAAAGGUCAUAUUAGUUAUUACCUGACCAGCAAAGAGGAAGAAGACCUAGCUGUUUUCACUGGAGACACAUUGUUUAUUGCUGGUUGUGGGAAAUUUUUUGAGGGAACAGCAGAGCAGAUGUAUCAAUCACUAUGUGUGACACUGGUUUCAUUGCCCAAACCAACUAGAGUGUAUUGUGGCCACGAGUACACAGUGAAAAACUUGCAGUUUGCUCUGACAGUUGAACCAGAUAAUGUGAAGAUACAACAAAAGAUAACAUGGGCUCAGCAUCAGCGGCAAGCAGGCCUCCCCACCGUUCCCUCAACCAUUGAGGAAGAAAUAGAAACGAAUCCAUUCAUGAGGGUUGAUCAACCAGAAGUCCAGGCGAGGGUUGGUUGUCGGUCUCCUGUUGAAGCUCUCCAGGAGAUACGCCGACGGAAAGACAACUGGAGGGGCUAAUUGAUGAUCUGCAUAAUGCUCUUCCUUUUGUUGCAUGCGUGCGUGUGUGGAUGUAGUCCAGUUUGUGAAAUAUUACCGCUCUUUGCUGCUUGGGAUUGCAAAGUCGAGACUUGUAUUUUGUUUUUGGCUUGGGUUGUAAUGGACCAGUUCUCCGUGAUAACGAUGGAGGGUGACGUGUCUCGUUUUCAUAAUAGAAUAAUGUUAUUAUGUC